AUGUCUUUUGGCUUCAGUGCAGGAGACUUCAUCACGGCGGUUGACUUAUCGUGGAGAGCGUUCCGUGCCGUGAGGGACGCCCCCGAAAAGUUUGGGAUGCUCGAGGCCGAUGUUUCCACCCUGAACAUUCUCCUCCGGACCCUGCAAGAAGAUGCCGAGGAUCCAAACUCACUCCUCAAUCGGCGGGGAGCCAGUCGCCGGGAUACGCUUUUGACAAUGGUAAAGACCGUUGAGGAGCAGAUGGACGAGCUCCGAUGCCUCGUGGAAAAGUACCAAAGCCUGGCCUCCUCCAGGAAGCGAGUAUUCGAUCGGUUCAUGUUUGCGCCAAAGGAGUUGGACAAGAAGCGUACGGCCAUCUCGAAUCAUAUCCUCUACAUCAACACUUUUCGGCAGAGCAUUUCGCAAGAAUCUCUUUCGAGAAUAGAAAAGGUCCUGGAGGAAGCUGUUCGAGGUCUACGCGAGGGGAAACGUGCUCCGAGCAUCAUUUCGGUACACGAGAAGAAGGAUGAAUCUUCCUGGGAGGCUCUCAAGAACGACCUCGCCGACGAAGGCAUCCCCAAGCUGGAGAUUGAGAAGCACAAGACCGCCAUCAAGAACUACAUCGAAUUGCUGAUCAAGAACGAGAACAUCUUGGAGGACCCGUCCGAUGACGAGGAUACCAAGUGGGAUUCUAUCUCAGUACGGAUGGAGCAGAUGGCGGUAAGUGAGGAGGGGGAGGAAGAUCCCGUGAAGACUGCUCCGAGUCCAAAGACUGCUCCAUGGCUGGCAGGUGAUCCCCAUGUAAUCGAAAUGGGAAACCCAUUCUUUGACUUUGAAGGUCUGCAAAGUGGUGAUCUUUCAUCCAAAGCCGGCGACAUCAUUGAGAUUUUCCCGCAGUCAAGCCACCAAAACGCAUGGUGGACAGGAAGCCUCGAGGAUGAGCAUGACGACUUCCCUGGUAGGUAA